CUGCUUCCGGCUGGGCCGCGGGCGGGGACUCGGCAUUCCGGCUGUGGCGGGGUUGCUGGCCUGUGGCCUUUGCUCCGGGCCGCUGCGAGGCCUGAGGCCCUCCUGGGUUUCGGUUCAGCGUUAACUGUUAACCCGCCAGGGCAGGCUUCCGCCCAGGCACAGGAGACCCACUGAGCUUGUUCACCUUGAAACUUGGGCUACACCUGAGACCUGCCACCUCAGGGGGGUAUGCGGGUCGUUCUAACAAGCUUUCAUGGCAUUUGUGCGCUUUAAAGUAUAGAAGCUGCUCCAGGCUACUGCAGCCCCGGCCGUCCUGGAGAUACUCUCUCCUGGAGUCUGUAGUGGAGAAUUUACAGCACCUGGACAGCCACGUGCAGUCUCCGAACUGCAGGCCGUCUUUACCGAAAUGUUAAACACAGCUUGAAGUUAGGCAGGAUAACUGCCAGAGCUGGAUGGACCUUAGAGGUGCCAGCCAACGCGCUUUGAGCUUUUUCUGCGUUAGGCCUGCUCUAAACAUUUGACGUGUGUGAAAGCAUUUAUGUGCUUUACCCUAUGUGCACCCCGAUGUGGCGGGCCCUUCUUACAGUAAAAACUGCAGCACAGCGAAAUUAAGCAACUUGCCCCAAAUCACGCAGAACUGGGAUGCAAACCCAGGUCUAGCUCACUCGUGAUCACAUCUUUGGUGACAUAUAUAAAUAUCAGUACUAUAUAUAUCACCAUUUUUUUUUGCUUUGCUAGAAUUUUGCUUUGCUAAAAGGUUUUUGUGUCUUCAGGGUAGUUUACUUGCAAGCCCCAUGUUUUUAUUAAAAAGUGGGUGCUACCUGAAUAAAACUAAUGCCUACCCCUUGGUGGUUUUGUGAAGACUGAUGAACUAUUAUAUUCAAAGGGUCCAAGCAGUAAGCAUUUACUGAAGGACAGCUAGUUUUAUCCAUUAUUAUUCUGCCAUUCAGAGACUACUAAGACAUUUUUCUUCCCUGCACCUAAAAGCAAGGGUGUCAAACUUGAGAUAAGCAUUCUGAUAAUGUGUAGGCAAAGUUUCCAGACUUAGUAAAAGCACCUUAGUCAUGGCUCAAGAGGAGUGACAAGUUACCACCUAUUUGCAAUUCAAGGAGAAUAUAAGAUAGAGAAGAAAGCUGUGAAUGAAUUUCAUUUGAUUAGCAAUAGAUUGGAUACUCUACUGGUCUUGUGUCUCUACAACCACUCUUCCACCUGACCCCUAAAUGUUGAAGUGCUUCAGGAAUUGUCUUAGACCUUCUUCCUUACAUACACUUCCUCUCCAGCUGUUGGCAUGUCUAGUUCAUUUGCAUUUUGGGCAUUUCAGCUCAGCUGUCAUCUCAGUGACCAGUUUUUAUCUGAGCAUGAAUCCUGAUGGCUCUGCACAAGAUCCUGAAAAGAGGGAAUAUUCUUCUGUCUGUGUGGGCAGAGAAGAUGACAUUAAAAAAUCUGAAAGAAUGACAGCUGUUGUCCAUGAUAGAGAAGUGGUCAUUUUCUACCACAAGGGAGAAUAUCAUGCUAUGGAUAUUCGCUGUUACCACUCAGGAGGACCUUUACAUUUGGGAGAUAUAGAGGAUUUUGAUGGACGACCGUGUAUAGUUUGCCCCUGGCAUAAAUACAAAAUUACUUUGGCAACAGGAGAAGGUCUGUACCAGUCUAUAAACCCUAAAGAUCCAUCAGCAAAACCCAAGUGGUGCUCCAAAGGAGUAAAGCAAAGGAUUCACACAGUGACAGUAGACAAUGGGAAUAUUUAUGUGACUCUUUCUAGUGAACCUUUUAAGUGUGACUCUGAUUUUUAUGCCACUGGAGACUUCAAAGUAAUUAAGAGUUCUUCUCGAUAAAAAAAAAUAUAUAAAUGAAAAAUAUUGUGUAUGCUUGAAAACAUUUUUAGAAUAACUGCUUCAGUUUUAAAGGUGAUGAAAUUUUUCAAGAUAGGCACAACUAUUUAAAACUCAUAUAAAUUUGAGAGGUUUAAGAGCACACAUACUUAGUAUGAUGUAAGGAUUAUCAGGAUCAAUAGAAUACAUUUUAUCUAAUCUUCUGGAUUAAUUAGAACCUGAAGGUUAUAGGUUUAGGGUGUUCUGUUUAAGAAGGAUGAAAAUAAAUUUGGAGUAAACAAAUAAUAGGUAAAAAUUAAGGUUUAGUAAGAAAAUUUUUUUAAUUUAAUUUUUAAAAUAGGAAAAAAUCCCUGUUUGAUGUAGCAGACUUAAUUCUGAAAAAGUUUUAAUAUAUACAAAGUAGACUAUAUAAUGAACUUCCAUCACUCAGCAUUAACAGUUAUCAGCAUUCUUCCAUUCUUGUUUUAUUUAUACCUCUAUGGAUUCCCUACCUCUCCUAUUUGAUUGUUAUUUUUACAUUUUUAGGUAAAGUUUAAAUACAUUGAAAUGUUCACAUCUGAACUGUACAACUUUCCCAAAUAACAUAGCAGACUUUUUAUACUUUAAAAAUACCUCCAAAAAUGAGAUAAGUUUACCUGCUGAACUUGAAAAUAAGAAACUUAACCAAUGUGCUAGACAUCAAAACCAAAUAAACCUUGGCUUAGUUUCUCUAUGAUCAAGGCAGAUCUUGAAGUAAGGAAGCCAGACACAGCUGCUGCCCAGCCAUGAGAGAUGUAAAGUCUCCUAUUCAGUGAGCCAGUGUACUUCGAAUGCCUAUAUGAAAUUUUCAAAUAAAGGUUUUAAAAAUUUUUUUAGAACUUUAUGUGAAUGUAUGUACAACUAAGUGUCUCCUAUAAAUAUUAUAGAGAGAUCUAGGAUUUUAUUCCUUGGAGUUCCCAGGCAAGGUUGUUGUUCAGUUGGUUCACCCUGGUUUUAUCAUGUCAGUUAUUUAUGGUCAGUACUGUUCAGUUGCCUGGUGCUCAUACCAUACUAGCUGUAAUGUAUUUAAAAUAACACCCCAGACACCCACCAUGCAAAAAUCAGCAGCACAUAGUGGUGAUUUUUGCAUCGUCAGUGCUCACGCAAAAAUCACCACUAUGUGGGACCAGAAAUAGCCAAAAUGAGUAGAUGAUGUAUUCAGAGUGAGAAGAACUUUUUGUCAAGAUUGGAACCUAGUCGCAAAGCACAGUAAUACGUUUAGAGGAGGAGAAUUACAUUAAGCAUCUAAAUCUAAUACUUAACAUUCUAAGGAGCUGACCUGGACUCUUUCCCUUGGUUAUUAUAAAAAUAGUAAAUGAAUAAGGUCUAUAUAGUAAAGACUCUGCUUACAGGGACCCUUGCUACAUAUUAUUACACUUCCUUUUCUGUUGGAGUACGGAUAGCAUGAGUAGCACUUGGUCCUCAUUUCUCAGACAACCGACGAACCAGACUUGUGCUUUUUAUAGACACUGUUUGUGGCAGCAACUACUCACUAAGUACAGAGAAUAUACUGUCUCUCAGGAAGGUACAUCCCGGUCUAUUCUAUCAUGUGAUAAUCCUUCAAUGCCCAGUCAGGUCUUAACACGUGUCCAGAAUAUAAAAUGUAUAGAAGAAAAUCAAAGUACUUUCUUCAGGCAAAAACUGUAGCCCUGGUUUGCAAGAAUAAUUACAGAAAUAUUUUCUUGUAAGAGCCACUGGGAAUAAUGAGUAGUGUGCACUUGAUUUUUCAUUCUAAAUUUGUAUCUCUAAAUGUAGAAAUAAAAAAUAUCAUAUGUACUGUCUUCAUAUA